GAGCUAUAUAAGAAGAAAGCCUUAUAGCAUCCAAUAGAGAAAAAACCCAUGGCAUCUGUAAGCUCUCCACUUCACCCUCCAGUAUUUUCUCUCUCUCCUUCUCCUCCUGCUGCAAGAUGUAAACUUCCCAGCAAAGUUCGCACUGUACAAAGAACUUCACCAAGUCCCCAUGAAACUCGAACUGGACGUGACAGUUCUUAUACACGCCAUCGACAGAGAAAUGUUGUGUUGAGGUCAGCUCUUGAUGAAAUUAAUGUUCUGGACCCACCUCCGUCUUCGUCAUAUGAAGAGGGAAAAUCUGAACCCAUUGCUUCACUGAAACUCAAAUUGCUGAGUGUUGUUUCUGGCCUGAACAGAGGUCUUGCUGCAGGCGAAGAUGAUCAACAGAAGGCAGAUGCAGCUGCCAAGGAUCUUGAAGCUGCAGGAGGACUAGUCGAUCUCUCAAAGGAUAUCGAUAAGCUGCAAGGGAGAUGGAAGCUUAUUUAUAGCAGUGCAUUCUCAUCUCGCACCCUAGGUGGAAGUCGUCCUGGACCUCCCACUGGAAGGCUGCUCCCCAUAACUCUAGGUCAGGUCUUCCAAAGAAUCGAUGUCCUAAGCAAAGAUUUUGACAACAUCGUAGAACUUGAACUAGGAGCUCCAUGGCCCCUACAACCUGUUGAAGUGACUGCCACAUUGGCCCACAAAUUCGAACUCAUAGGAUCGGCAAAGAUUAAAAUAACAUUCGAGAAAACAACUGUUAAGACAACCGGGAAUUUGUCACAACUUCCACCCUUAGAAGUACCUCGAAUUCCAGAUGCAUUAAGGCCCCCAUCUAACACUGGAAGUGGCGAAUUUGAGGUUACCUACCUUGAUGCUGACACUCGUGUCACAAGAGGAGAUCGAAGCGAGCUUCGAGUUUUUGUACUCUCGUGAAUUCUUUCUCGCUCGUUCGAGAUUGUUGCAAGUUAAAAUCUUCAAACUAAUAACACAAUUACGAUGAGAUAUUAUAAAUAUUUAUUUUGUAUUUAUUAAAAUUUUACCUGUAAAACUAUUUAUAUAGAAGAAAAUUAGAAAAUCAUAUUAAUACUAAAUAAAAAAUAAAAAUAAAAA